CGGAGUACAGCAGAAGCAUUCCGGCUAGAUUUGCUGCUAGCCAGAGUGGAUCAGCUGCUUUUGUCGGGAUGUGGAUAUAGAUGACCGUUUCAUCUGCUUGUAACCUCCCCUUUCCGAAGAUGUGCCGAUGAAAAUGCGAUAAAUAUUGCACCUACAGUGAGUUUGGAGACACUCCCGUCAUCCCAGUUGUCAUGGAGAAGCCGUGGAGGUUAUGGGCUGCACUGGAGGCGUGUUUGCUGACCGUGUGUGCGUGGUCGUGGGGAGUCUGCCGCGUUUCCCUGCUCGCCCUAAUUCUGACCUUCCACCUGUACGGAGGCUUCAUACUGCUGGUACUCAUUUUAGCAUCUGUGGCUGGAAUCUUAUACAAGUUCCAGGACGUGCUGCUCUACUUUCCCGAUCAGCCCUCGUCUUCGCGCCUUUACGUUCCCGUGCCGACGGGAAUCCCUCAUGAGAAUGUGUACAUCCGCACCAAAGACGGCGUUCGGCUCAACCUCAUUCUGCUCCGUUACACUGGUGAAAACCCCGCCUCCGCACCCACCAUUUUGUAUUUCCAUGGCAACGCAGGGAACAUAGGCCACCGCGUGCCUAACGCGCUGCUCAUGCUGGUCAAUCUGAAGGCCAACGUGGUGCUGGUGGACUACAGAGGCUACGGAAAGAGCGAUGGAGAACCUAGCGAGGAGGGACUUUACCAGGAUGCCGAGGCCACUUUGGAUUACAUCAUGACCCGGGCGGACAUCGACAAGACGAAAGUGGUGUUGUUCGGUCGUUCGCUGGGGGGCGCGGUAGCCAUACGUCUGGCUUCGGGCAACCCGCAUCGAGUGGCCGCCUUCAUGGUGGAGAACACUUUCCUGAGCAUCCCGCACAUGGCGGCCACACUGUUCUCGUUCUUUCCCAUGCGUUACCUGCCCCUCUGGUGCUACAAGAACAAGUUCCUGUCCCAUAGACACGUGACGCUGUCCCGAAUGCCGUCCCUCUUCAUCUCCGGCUUAUCAGACCAGCUCAUCCCGCCGGUAAUGAUGAAACAGCUGUACGAAUUGUCUCCGUCUCGGACUAAACGCCUCGCCAUCUUUGCAGAGGGUACACAUAAUGACACCUGGCAGUGCCAGGGUUAUUUCACCGCUCUGGAGCAGUUUAUGAAGGAACUGCUCAAAAGCCAUGCCAGAGAGGAGACGGCCCAGAGCUCGACUAACGUCACUAUAAUCUAAAACAAGAAAUGCUUUGAAUCUGAACCCUCUCGGAUCGAAUGUACAAGUUAUUCUUUUGUUUUAUUUCUCUUCAGCUCUUUUCAUUGAUCCACCAAGAAUUUAUUCGUUAUGAUUUAAUUUAUAUAGUGAUGAAGACUACUGAACAUCUUCAGGAGUUUUUAGAUGAUCUUAGUCCUUUGUAAUUUGCAUAUAAAGACACCUUAAGGUAUAUUAAAUGCCCCACCACUUGCAAGUAUGAAUACUGGAAAAGAAAGAUGGAUAGGAUUCCUUGCGGCUAUAUAAAACACUGUAUAUUUAACACUUUACAAUAAGGUUCUAUGCAACAGCAUUUAUCAAUCCUGGUUUGUUUAGUAUAACAAAAAACAAUAGUAUAUUUAUGAAAAAUGUCGGUUUCAAUGCUUAAAAAAAUAAUAUUUUUUAAUACAUUAAAAUUUUAAUGUUACAACUGUAUAUGUAGGAAAAACAUUAAAGGAAUAGUUAAAUUAAUUUAGAUAUGAAAUUGACUCAUGACAUCCCUUCCUCAGUUGAACACAAACAAAUCAUUUUGGAAUUAACUAAAAAUUCAUAUUUGGGUUGAUAAUUCCUUUAACCAAGCUUAUUACAUGCUGUUAAAAUAUUGUUCAUUAAAACAUGGCCUUACUGUAAAGUGUUAUGAUUUCUCCUUUUGUAUUUGUUUUUUAAACCGAACAGAGGGCUCAGAUAUAUUUUGAAUAAUUUUUGCCUUUAAAUAGUAAGGAUUUAGUCAGGAUCGGGGCAACUGAUCCCAUUUCAUCUUUGUCGACGGCAUUUCAUGCAUUCAAGUUUACUGUACUCGCCUGUAACGUCAGAGCUUUAUUUAUCUCACUGCCUUCUUUUUUCACUGAAGGUUAAAAUCCACUCAGGAAAUCAGCUCAUUGUGGUUCAAUCUCAUGUUUUGGAUGUGCAUGUGGAGCUGUGCGUGAGAGGUGCAAAUGUGGGCUGCAGUACACUGUGAGUGCUGAACAAAAAUGCCAUCACAAAAAGCCUAAAGUAUCUUUUCUCUCCAUGUCUCAGGCUUUGUGAUCUUUUAAAAAGAAGAGUAAUAUCGCACACAACAGCAGCUUGACAGUGUUCCAAGCACAGUCCAUUUGCACAAGUUGAGAAUAUAACGUUUCCCCUUUUUUAAUCAGGGCAAGUGCUUAUCAUCAAAUCUCUGCCGAUGACCUGUUUUCAUUUGGAUCAUGUUUGAAAAGCUAGCUUAAUAUUUCUGACUGUCGCGAUGUAUAAAAAGAUCCAUUCGUUUUCGUCACUGUUUUCAGUUCCAUAUAAUUUUCUUUAUCUACAAUUAAAAAUCAUGCCUGCUCACGUGAGAAAAUUUGAAGAAUGUUGAUUUCUUUCUCAAUGAUGAAAGUAAAUAAUUCCCUAAAAUCUUUCUCUCCUAAUUUGAAUGUCACCAUUGAUCACAAGGCAUGCGAGGGCCAUCGGCAUUCCUCAUCACUGAUGUCUUAUCAAGGAUGACAUGUCUUCACCUCAUAUACGUGAGCUUAAAGCUGCACCCCGUAAAUUUUGACUCUCUAUCACUAUCUCUGUUAGAAAUAAAAUUGCGGGUCACUUUACAUACUUAUCUUAAGGACAGCUAAAGUCAAAUGACAUCAAACUAACAUUUCCUGUAAAGUCAUACCUGACAGCUCAACUUAUAAGUCAUUAUUAUAAGCUUAUUAUAAGCAAAUUAGGGUAUGGUAAAGAGGGAGUUUUGAACAUUGAUUUAGUUGAUUUUUUAACCAAAUGUGUGCACAUUGCGGCUUUAGAAGAGUUUUGGCGAAGGAUAAGAUUUGAACUACUUAAAUUAAGUUGUUCAUAGAAAACAUGAUCAGGCUUCAGAAGUACAGCUGCGGAAGAAGUGAAGAGAUUUAGAGAGAGGAUUUCUAGAUGUUCUGUGGGCACUCCAGUCCAGAGUCUGUUGAAUUUCAACAAAAUCAAAGACAAAGACAUCCAACUGCAAAUGUAAAAGACAGGUUAUCACAUUUUACUUUUCCUAAACUUAUGGAUAUAAAAUACUGUUUUGCUUAAAAGUAAAUAAGAUCUUGUUUUCUUUGCAGUAUUUGAGGUCUGAAAUAAUAUACAGAGCAUAUUGUUUUCUGUUAUUUUGACCUGCUUCUCCAAUUUUCAUUUUCUGCAAAUUGAAACAAUAGUUUUAUUUGAAAUUUGGCAGAAAUAGUGUUUUUAGUUCACAGAAUGAAGCAAAAACAAUAAUUUUGAAAUGUUUUUCCGCAGCUGUAUAAUGUACAAAAUACUUUGAUGGAAGCUUUGAGAUCGACGCCUUAGUCCAUAUUCACCUUCUUUGUGUGAACAUUUCCUUGUCAUAUAUAGGUUUAGAAUUACAUGAUGAUGAAGAAAGAACGGAAAAUUUAUUUUUGGGUAAAUUCACCAAUGAGAAAGCAAUGACAUUCUCAACAAAUACUGUAUGUUUUUGUCAGUGGUAAACACACAAGGAGGUUCAAACCAGUGAUAAUUUGUUCUUACUAUAGUCACAGUUUAGUGGUUGACUGUCUGGGACCCGGUAUAAAUGAUCCUGAAAUGUGGACUUUGCAACCCUGAUCCAUCAUGCAUAGUGUUGGAUCAAUGCACAUCCACUUGUGUAACUAAUGCAUGCUUAAGAUGCUCUGCACAUGUUUUUCAACUCUGGUGCACUUUUACACAGUUUGUCGUACUGUUACGACUGAUUUUAAGGCAGAACAUUUCAAUGCCAGUUUGCAUGUAAAUUUUGAAAAGGAUGAACCAGAGGUUUGUCAGGCUUCCAAAGUCCACCUUUUGAGAUUGAAUGGGUUCUUUUGUGGUGUUUGAGGGUUUGUUUUUUAUAGAAGCAAUUGAGCUUUAGAUGUUUUCAGUUGUAACCAGUGUUACUUGUUCUAAACAGGACGGUUGUAACAGGAGUGGGACGGGCGGAAUCAGGCGAUCCAGGGGAACGUUCCCAAAAUGCAGGAGUUUUGGUGGUUUUAGGUUAAUUAUAUUGUUUUGUUUUUGCUUCUGUGUUCCUGACUUUUGAAUUUGACCAUUUGAGUGGUCAUUAUUAAUGUCCCAUUGCGGGAAUUCUGGGUAAUUCUUCCAAAUUCAAUAAGAUUAUUAUUUUCAGUGAUCACGUUGUUGCUAAGCAUUUUGUUCAACUCACAGUGAUGUGCCAUUAAACUCUAUUGAAUGUCUGUGUGGUUGAGUGUAAAUGUCACAAUAAAUUAACAAAACUACUAUAGAGUUGACUAGAUUUGACUAAGAAACAUUGGCAUGUUCUGGCAAUUUCCGGGGCUAGUUCAUAUGAAAAAAAUCAAAUUUCAUCUCCUUCGUGAAUUGAAAAUAUGAUAUCAUGUAAAGCGCUGCUCAUGUUUUAUAUUUGCUUUGUACGGUGAAUUGUAAAUCAGAGAUAUUGAGUGUGCGAGGAGGCUGUUCUUUUUUCAAUACAUUCAUGUGUGUUUUGAGCCAUGGAUUUUCUAGUCAAAUCAUUUGUUCGUGUAAAUACAAUUGAAUCACACUUUGUAUUUUCUGUGUGGUGACAUGCAAUAAAGAAUUCAAACCCUUCUGAUAA